UGCUUCGAGUGCGGAAAAUCAUUUACGACAUCCAGCGGAUUGAAACAACAUCAACACAUACACAGCAGCGUCAAGCCAUUUAAAUGUGAAGUCUGCUUCAAAGCCUACACACAAUUCUCAAAUUUGUGUCGCCAUAAAAGAAUGCACGCCAACUGCCGCCAGCACCUGAAAUGUGUCGAAUGUGGCCAGUACUUCACUUCCACCACCACCUUCAACAAACACAAAAAAUUUUCUAAGGAUAAAUACAGUUGUAAGUAUUGUGGAAAAAACUUUCCAAGAUCGGCGAAUCUGACUCGCCACUUGCGAACACACACAGGCGAACAACCGUACAAAUGCAAAUUCUGCGAGCGAUCCUUCAGCAUUUCUUCCAACCUGCAACGACACGUCAGAAAUAUUCACAACAAAGAGAAACCUUUCCGUUGCUUGCAGUGUGAAAGAUGUUUCGGUCAACAAACAAAUCUGGAGCGUCACAUCAAGAAACAUAAAUUAGGGACAUCAAUUUUUAAUUCAAAUAAUUUAAAUGUGACAUUUAAGGAAUGA